UAUUAGUACCAUUUCUUCUUCUUUUCUAAUUUCUUCCGUGUUGAGAUCUUUCCUCUUUCUAGAUUCUGCAAUCAGAACUCAGGAGGACUUCUGAUCGACGAGUAUAAUACGGCUGAUUGAUUGAUCAAUCGAUUAGGGAGGAGAAGAUAAAAGUGAUAGCUUCUGGGGUUACCAAAUUCAUCACCAUGUCGAUGUCUGAUUCCGACACGUCGUCUCAGGGGAGUGAGUACAAGAAUUUCCGCCAAAUUACUCGCGACAGAUUAUUAUAUGAAAUGCUUCGGUCAGCCAAAACAGGGGACUCAAAGUCAAGUUGGAAGGUACUCAUCAUGGACAAGGUAACAGUUAAAAUAAUGUCUUAUGCAUGCAAGAUGGCAGAUAUCACCGAGGAAGGAGUUUCAUUGGUGGAAGACAUACAUAAGCGGAGACAACCAUUGCCGACCAUGGAUGCCAUAUAUUUCAUCCAACCAACCAAAGAAAAUAUUGUUAUCUUCCUUUCGGAUAUGUCUGGAAGAUCGCCAUUGUACAGAAAGGCAUUCGUCUUCUUUAGCUCACCUGUUGCCCGAGAAUUGGUCAGUCACAUAAAGAGAGAUGGAAGUGUUUUAUCUCGCAUUGGUGCCUUGAGAGAGAUGAACUUGGAGUAUUUUGCUAUAGAUAGCCAGGGUUUUGUCACUGACAAUGAAAGAGCCCUUGAGGAACUCUUUGGGGACGAAGAAAGCUCUCGCAAAGGUGAUGCAUGUUUGAACUUGAUGGCUACCCGAAUAGCUACAGUAUUUGCGUCACUGCGGGAGUUUCCAUUUGUGCGUUAUCGUGCGGCCAAAUCCCUUGAUCCUACUACAAUGACAACUUUCCGUGAUCUAAUUCCUACAAAGCUAGCUGCUGGUGUUUGGAACUGUCUUACGAAAUAUAAGACCAACCUCCCUAACUUCCCUCAGUCAGAGACAUGCGAACUGCUUAUCUUAGACAGAUCAAUCGACCAGAUUGCUCCAAUUAUACAUGAAUGGACAUAUGAUGCUAUGUGCCAUGACUUACUAAAUAUGGAAGGAAAUAAAUAUGUCCAUGAGGUUCCAAGCAAAACCAGUGGUGUACCCGAGAAGAAAGAGGUCCUUUUGGAGGAUCAUGACCCUAUCUGGCUUGAGCUCCGCCAUGCACAUAUAGCUGAUGCGAGUGAACGGCUGCAUGAGAAGAUGACAAACUUUGUAUCUAAAAAUAAAGCUGCACAGAUCCAUGGUUCAAGAGUUGGUAGCGAGCUGUCGACUCGGGACUUGCAAAGGAUGGUUCAAGCAUUGCCUCAGUAUAGCGAACAAAUUGAGAAGCUCUCCCUCCAUGUUGAUAUUGCUGGCAAAAUUAACAAAAUUAUCAGAGAAAUGGGGCUAAAAGAAGUUGGGCAACUAGAGCAGGACCUUGUGUUUGGAGAUGCAGGCACAAAAGACCUUAUUAAUUUUCUUAGAGUAAAUGAGGAUGUCUCGCGUGAAAAUAAGUUGCGAUUGCUGAUGAUUUAUGCAGCUGUUUAUCCUGAGAAGUUUGAGGAUGACAAAAUCUCCAAACUGAUGGAGUUGGCUAGACUACCACCAGAUGAUAUGACUGCUGUUUAUAAUAUGAGAUUGCUAGAGCCAUCAUCAGACACCAAAAAAAGCUCUCUGCCAUUUUCUCUUAAGUUUGAUGUUCACAAGAAGAAGCACGCUGCUCGAAAGGAUCGCCCUGGUGAAGAAGUGACGUGGCAGUUAUCACGAUUUUACCCUAUAAUAGAGGAGCUUGUUGAAAAACUCAGUAAACGUGAACUACCUAAGGAUGAAUAUCCAUGUAUGAAUGACCCUAGCCCAACUUUUCAUGGAACGUCUCAGGCUGCAUCUCUAAGGACAGGUCAAGCCCCGGCUCCUCAUUCAAUGAGAUCAAGAAGAACUGCAACAUGGGCUCGUCCCCGAAACUCCGAUGACGGGUAUUCGAGUGAUUCAAUUUUAAGGCAUGCCUCUAGUGAUUUCAAGAAGAUGGGUCAGCGGAUUUUUGUGUUUAUUGUUGGCGGGGCGACACGAUCUGAGCUAAGAGUUUGCCAUAAGUUAUCAACGAAGUUGAAACGAGAAAUUGUUUUGGGCUCGUCCAGUCUAGAUGAUCCCCCGGAAUUUAUUACGAAGUUAAAGCUGAUGACGGCAAAUGAAUUGUCAUUAGAUGAUCUUCAGAUCUAGAUGACUGUGUCUGGUAAAGCUGGAUAUACAUUUUUAAGCUGACUGCUUUCCAUUUGUAAUUUGAUGGAUACAUAUACUUACAUGUCUCUCUCUACUAUUUUUCCAUUUCCCCUUAGUUUGAGAUUGCCAUUUCCCUGCCCAGAAAGGCGCUCAAAGGCCAUGUGUUGUAAUUUAUUCGUUGCGGUUGUCUCGCAGUCCAGUGUCCAGAGUGUGUAAGUAUUCUUUCAGGUGGUCCAAGACUGCAAAUCCUCACAGUUCAAGAUGACUUUUUAAUGUUGUGCUUUAUCUCAUUCAUUCUUGCCAAGCCCAUACAUCAUUGCUCAAAUAUUCACCUCCAUUUCUCUGUAUCAUAAGGGUUUAGUUUUUCACUCGUUCAAUUCAUGUUCAUAUCAAGUUCAGUUACUGUUGGAUGAGUAAGAGAAACGAGGAGGAGCUGAACCUCUUAGCAGUAGGCCAGCUUAUGGUGGUGUCAUGGUAAAGUGCCCUUCGUGUUGGUGCUAUGGUUUUGAGAAAUGAAUCUUUUGACACGAUAAAUGCCAUCUUUCUUUCUUUUGUGAAUUUUUGGCAUGUCGCGGCUGAACUUACUUGAAUACUCUUUAAGUGGGAUCAUGCGGCAGUGGAUUAUACCUAGUAGCAUUAUCACGUCGCUUGAUGAUAUUACAGAAAACUUAAUAGAACA